UGCGACGAACACGACUCCUUUUUUUGCAGCACCUCUCUCUAUUUAGUGUGGACUGCCGCGCCCAAUAAACCAAUAGCAGGCAGCAAAAUCUGUGAUUGCCUGAGGGGGCAGAGAGAAACCGAUAGAGACAGAGAGAAGGGGAAAGGAGGUGGUACUGCCAGACAGACUGCACGGACGUGUUAGACUACCUGCUACCUCCAGAAAGGCGCGCGAGACACCCACCGAAGGCGCUGCAACUAAAGGUGACGGGAUAAGGGGUCCGUCUGCGACCUGAUCGAGAGGCGCGGAGCAGAGAAGCGACGUGGAGCGAACGAGUAAGGCGGAAGAUGAAAAGUAGACCGCGUGUGUGCGCAAUGUACGUGCAGCUUCAGGUCUUUACGGCUGGGCUGGUGUUACGGGUGAAUGAAUGCUGUGGUGUACUUCAUAUGAGAAGCAGUGUUUCAGGAUAUGAGAUUUCAUUGAUUCAUCACUUCCUCAUUCUCACCUAACACCUAACCAUUUGAUACAGAUAUGGACUGGAAGACUUUCCAGGCCCUCCUUAGCGGAGUGAACAAGUAUUCAACAGCUUUUGGACGCAUCUGGUUGUCAGUCGUAUUUGUGUUCAGGGUUAUGGUGUACGUUGUUGCUGCUGAACGAGUGUGGGGAGAUGAACAGAAGGACUUUGACUGUAACACCCGACAGCCUGGGUGCAGUAAUGUUUGCUAUGAUUUUUUCUUUCCUAUCUCCCACAUCCGGUUAUGGGCCCUUCAGCUUAUCUUUGUCACAUGUCCUUCAUUGAUGGUAGUCAUGCAUGUGGCUUACAGGGAAGACCGUGAGAAAAAGCACAAGAAACUUCAUGGUGAAAACUGUGCCAAACUCUACAAGGACACUGGAAAGAAACAUGGUGGCCUAUGGUGGACCUACUUGAUCAGCUUGUUUGUUAAGCUGGGCAUUGAAAUUGCUUUCCUCUACAUCUUACACUAUAUCUACAACAGCUUUGAUCUGCCACGAAUGGUCAAAUGUGAGGUUAACCCUUGCCCGAACCAAGUUGAUUGCUUUAUUGGCCGCCCUACAGAGAAAAGAGUUUUCACUUACUUUAUGGUGGGUGCCUCAGCAUUAUGUAUUGUGUUAAGCAUUUGCGAAAUCAUCUAUUUGAUUACAAAGAGAUUCGUUCGUUGUGCCCAAAAGGUGAAAAAACGAUCAAAAGCGCACUCUGUGACCUACAGCAAAGCUUCUACUUGCCAAUGCAACACUGGCAUGAACCACAUGGAACUAAAGCCUUUCAACAAAAACGAUAAUUUACGGGCUUCAGCACCCAAUCUCUCUACUGUUUAGAUUUUUAUGGAAAGAAAGAGACAGAAAGACAGAGACUGCCAGGUCCAUGUUUUCCUGCUGAAUUCUAUUUGUUUGCAGCUUGAACCACAUUUAGACUAAAGAAUUCUAAUUGAUCCUGGAAUGGAAAUGCAAAUCAGAAAUAACCAGAGAUUAUAAUGGAUGUGAUAUUGUUUGCUCUGUGAUAUCAUUGAAGACUUUUCUAUGCCUUAUCUGAACAUGAAAGAAUGCUUAAGUACUGUCAGUUUUUAAAUGUUUGAAUAUUCUACUUGGCUAAGGAAUAUUUUUGCAAAAAUAACAGACAUUGUGAUGUAUUGAAGCAUAUAUAUGCAUUCAUAAUAAUGUAGAUGCCAGAUUGUAUUGUUGUUUUGGGCUGUGUCACUGCCACCAGAGACAGAUUUUUAAAGGUAAGUGCUUGGUAUGUUUUGGCCAGAGUAAGAGGUCCAGUAACUGUUUGUUUUUGUGACUAGGUUCUUUAUCACAUACUGUAAGCAAAACAACUUAAUUCAUAGAGUCAUACCAUUAGGGGCAUCUUAAAUAUGCACUCACUAGUCUUUGAGUCCUUUUAGGAUAAUGUAAUAUCCCUAAGUAGAAUUAUAGUACACUCAGAUCACUAGAAUCCAAAUUCAUUCAGGUAGUAGAAGAACAAAAGUAAGAGAGGAAUGGCUAUUUGAGAACCAAAAUGCUAAAAAGGUGACACAACUGCAAGCUUAUUGUACUGAUGGAACCUUUAAACUAUCCAGCUUGUCAGCCUAUGCAUUUCAUCAUAAAGGAGUUAUUCCCUUUAAUAUAUGGUUAUUUGCAGACAAUAUGGUGGUAGGAAGGUUGAAUAAAAAAACAGAAUGAAAGUGGAUGCUUUCUGACUGAAUCUACAUUUAAAGAUUGUUUACUUAGAAAAGUGAUUAAGCAAACGAUACUUAUAUAAGGUGAGGCUCAGGCCUGCAACCGUGAGAAGGUUCACAUUACUAAAUGGGGUGUGGUACAGGUUUUCCAACUAUAGCACAGGAAGAUUCAAUUAUUGUGCACCUUUAAACCAAAACACGCCAACAAGUGGUUUGCUGGUGAACAGAAGUGUUUAAUGCGUUAACAUUAAAGUUGCUUCCUUGAGCUGUAAAUUUUGGAGAAAGCAUGAAUGAUCUAAAGCAGCAGUUCUUGACAGCUUUGUUGAACAGUGUGUAUAUUAGGCAAACUGUGUUUACACUACAUGAUAAACAAAUGUUUAUUUCUUAUUUAUUUGGUAUGCUUACAUAAAACUCAUUUCCAGUUGGUUAUAACUGAGUGUAAGAAUGUUGUAUUUUCAACAUAAAUUUGGAUUAGCUUCAAUUUAUUUUAUAGAGCACAUUUCCUUUUGAUGAGUUCAACAUACUGUACACUUUUCACUAAUAUAUUUUUAAAGAAAAACAUGAAAUAAAUACAUAAAAUGCCUCUUAAUAUGUACAGUAUGUGUAAAUACAAGUCUUAUUAAAUGUCUGUAGAUUUUAUUUUUUAAAUGUGCUAAUUAAAUCAUCUUACAAUGAAAAAAUAAGUAAAAUACAAUGAAAAGUAUAGACUGAUCAAAUAAGACAUUUUAAGAUCUAAAGUCACAUUUAUGUACAGUAAUAGCUUUGAUUGUUAAGUCUGAUUAACAUUAACUUCUGCACAAAAACACAUUUUGCAAGUUCUGACUGCUUGGAAGAAUUCAACAAAAAUUCCUAUACCAUAUAUGCACUGAUGUUUACCUGAGUUAGAGUUGGAAAUUGUCAGUGGUUUCUGAUGAUUUAAACAAUUGCUUUUUAUAAAACAUGAUACAAUGAUAUGUGCAUCUGUUACUUUACAGGUAGUGAACAAAAAAGUUCUACCUGCUCUGAGCAGAAACUGAUCUUCAUGCUGCUUUACAUACUGGAGACAGUGAGAGCACAUACUGUAUGUCACUCAUCAGACUACUUUUAAUGCAAUUGAGACUAUGUUUUUUUCUAGUAACUAUCACAUUUUAACGUCAUACUCUUCUGAAAUAUAUGUGUGGCUUAGGUGUCUCCGUACAGUAUAUUAUCUUGGGAUGUUUCUGCAAGUUAAAAUAGGCGUAAUGGAAUGCUUCUAUGAAAGUAGAUGUUCAAGCCAAGUCUGAUUAGAACAAAAGCUUUGAUGACCAUUUUGAUGAAAAACAGAGAUAUAUGAACAUGUGAUUUUUUUAUGUUUUCUUCUUUGAAUUGAGAACAAAAAGCUGGAAAAUAAUGCAUUAUUGCAGUGGAACUGAUAUCAAGAAAAAACAUUAGCUGAACAGAUUUAAAAAAAAGUGCAAGACAGGGAUACCGUGUGAAGUGUAUUAGCAGCAGUGGCAGACACAUUCAAGUUUCAUAGAUGCGCUAAAAGCCACAGAAGAUGAGAUGCACUCAGCAGGAAUAGCUGCAUAUACUGGACAUCAUUUUUUGGAUUGUUUUGCUAAUUUGCUUAUUUUUGCUUUUUUGAGUAAAAGGUUCUGGUCAAUAAUUAGUUUUGGGUUCAAUUCCAGGUCACGGUUUUACUCUCGUAACAUCUUAUUCAGAUUUGUAUUGCAUUAAUAAUGUCUAUUUAUACUGAUGAUUUAUACUUUAACUCCUUACUAAAGGAUAUAUGACAUUUUGUCUGUAGUUUAUAUGACUUUGAUUUUAUAAAGAAGUAUUUUUGUACAGUUUACCUUGUUCUGUUUGUCAUAUUGAUUUCUUGUGUUUAAUUAAUUUUUAGAGUCAAUUCUUUUGUAUAUUUAUCCAUUCAUUCUUUGCAGUAGAGAGUUGAGAGGGUUGGAACCAACCGUGGCAGCUCUGGGCAUAAAACAGGUAUCAGUCCUUUACAGGACAUUUUACAUAUUGUGUAGAUUUACUAAUGAAAAUGAGAAAGUAAAAAAUGGAAAUUGUCAGACAAGCAAGCACUUUUUACUUUAAAUUUUGUAUUAUGUGUGUCAGCCUUGUGGUGCUCGGGUUGUCCUUCAGAAUCUCACUGAUUUUACUUUUAUUAAAAAGCUGUUUCAUCAGAGCAAUGCCUCUGUGUAGCAUUUAUUUAGAAUUUUUUUUUUUGCAUUCUCUGCCCUAACUGCCCAUAGGCAAUAAAAUCCAUUAUGUCUAGAUUAUUAUAUCAAAAUAAAAUUCUGCACUAUUAAAAAUUAUGAAAUUGUGAGUGAGCCACCAGAAAUUCUCCAGGCCCUGUAGAACAGCUGCCAUGGUGAACAUGCAACAGAGAGAAUUAAAGAGCACCUAGACAUAACUUCAGUUAAUACUUUGUUUAAUAUGCAGAUGUUUCUGUCAUAUAUUACUUUUAAAAAUCUUUUCCUAUGGAAAUUAUAGUAACUGUUUCUUGAUAUUGAUGUUACAUAUUUUAUAUUUGCAGGCUAAUAAAGAUAAUAAACAAA